ACCUCAUUCACAAACAACCGUUUCUAACUGCUAAUCCACUUCUCUUUAACUUCAGUCUCACUCCUUUCGAACCCUAACAUGUCCUCUCCAUCUCUUGAUUCUCUUCUUCCUCUGAAAACCCUAACCCUAAUUCCCACAAAUGAGAAAACCCACCCACUCAAUUCAACUACCCACAAACUUAGCACCCUAUUCUUCUCUCAAAACAAUCCCGAAUUUUCACUUCCUACCCUUGCCCUCCAAACCUACCAAACUCUCCUUCAGAGUCUUCUCUUCACGCUCAGCGGACUCACCACCCCCUCCCUCCUCCACCCAAAACCUAACCCUAAUCUCAAUUCUCCGGACAGUUCCCGACUGGGCUGAUGCCAUAAAAGAACGUGGAAUGCAGCAGAAAAGGUCUUUAUACAACCAUGAAACUUGGGUGGAGCAUAGAAGUUCUAGGCGCCAUGUCAGGCACCUGUUAUCCAGCUUUUCUUCGCGGGUAAUUCUAUCAUUGAUUCCUCCGGUGAUCGCCUUCACUUCAGUGGCAGUGAUCGUUGCUAGUUACAAUUCAGCAGUUACCUUUCACUGGUUACCGGAGUUCUUCCCCUUAUUGAGGGCCUCAUCACUGCCCUACCAGUUGACAGCGCCUGCCUUGGCUCUUUUGCUGGUUUUCAGGACCGAGGCGUCCUAUUCGAGGUUUGAAGAAGGCAGGAAGGCUUGGACUAAGAUCAUUGCAGGGACUAAUGACUUUGCCAGGCAAGUGGUAGCGGGGGUUGAGAGCUCGGGCGAUGCAUUGCUGAAGAAGGCGCUCUUGCAGUAUAUCAUGGCAUUUCCUGUUGCUCUCAAGUGUCAUGUAAUCUAUGGCUCAGAUAUAAGACAAGACCUUCAGAAUUUGCUUGAGGUGGAUGAUCUAGCAGUAGUUCUGAGUUCAAAGCAUCGACCCCGCUGCAUCAUUGAGUUCAUUUCUCAAAGCCUCCAGCUGCUAAACCUGGACGAUGCCAAGCGACAUGUGUUGGAGUCAAAGUUAUCUUGUUUCCAUGAGGGUAUUGGUGUUUGUGAGCAGCUCAUGGGCAUUCCUAUCCCUCUCUCAUAUACCCGCCUGACCUCAAGGUUUCUGGUCCUCUGGCAUCUCACUCUCCCCAUCAUCCUCUGGGAGGACUGCAACUGGAUUGUGGUUCCUGCUACUUUCAUCAGUGCUGCUUCUCUCUUCUGCAUUGAAGAAGUGGGUGUUCUCAUUGAAGAACCAUUUCCAAUGCUUGCACUGGACGAGCUCUGCAAACUAGUUCAUAACAACAUUCAAGAAGCAAUUGCCAGUGAGAAGUUGAUUCAAGCACAACUCAUUGCAAAAAGAAAGAACCACGCAGAUGAGCACUCACCUAAUGGCAGGCCCAGUUCUGAAGUGGACAGAAAACUGGGUUGAAGAAAUUCUCUCCCAGUCUUUAAGAGCUGGGAGUCAUCUACGCCUCCUGUUAUCAAAACCACCUCACACAGAUUUGUAAAGCUCAACUGGUUCACUCUUGUGGAACCCAUUUUGUGGUGCAUGUAUGUGUAUAUAUGCUAAAAUUUUGUUGCUCAAUAUAAUACAAGAUUACACCUUUACAGAAA